AUGAUACACCAAAACACCAUUCUCUCUCUGUUAGCAAAAUGCAAAACCAUGAGGGAUAUGAAAAAGUUGCAUGGGCUAUUAAUCACGACCCCAACUAUUAAAAGUAUAAUCCCCUUGAGCAAGCUUAUUGACUUCUGUGUGGAUUCAGAAUUUGGGGAGAUCAAUUACGCACACUUAGUAUUUCGCCAAAUCGAUGCCCCAAGCAUUUACAUUUGGAACUCCAUGAUAAGAGGUUAUGCUAACUAUUACAAUCCAAGAAUGUCUAUACUUGUGUAUAGACAAAUGAUACAAAGUGGGUAUUCCCCAGAUCAUUUUACCUUCCCAUUUGUACUCAAAGCAAGUUCUGUGAUUGCUGAUCAAAUUUAUGGAAAAUGCAUUCAUACCCGCAUAGUGAAAUCUGGGUUUGAAGCAGAUGCCUAUGCUGCUACUGGGUUACUCCAUAUGUAUGUGUCAUGUGUAGAUAUGAAGUCAGGACUUAAAGUGUUUGAUAAUAUUCCCAAGUGGAAUGUGGUUGCUUGGACUUGUUUGAUUGCUGGGUAUGUGAAUAAUGAUCAGCCAUAUGCAGCUUUGAAGGUGUUUGAAGACAUGAACCAUUGGGGUGUAGAGCCCAAUGAAAUUACCAUGGUGAAUGCUUUGAUUGCCUGUGCUCGUAGUAGAGACAUUGAUGCUGGAAGAUGGGUCCAUGAACGCAUUCGUAAGGCUGGUUAUGAUCCCUUUAUGUCUUCAUCUAAUAGUAACAUCAUUCUUGCAACUGCCAUUCUUGAAAUGUAUGCCAAAUGUGGUAGCUUGAAGACUGCAAGAGACCUGUUCAACAAAAUGCCUCAGAGAAACGUUGUUGCUUGGAACAGUAUGAUUAAUGCUUACAAUCAGUAUGAGAGGCAUAAGGAGGCGCUAGAUCUCUUUUUUGAUAUGUGGGACAAUGGCUUUUAUCCCGAUAAGGCUACCUUUCUGAGUGUCUUAAGUGUUUGUGCCCAUCAGUGUGGUCUGGCAUUGGGACAAACCGUUCAUGCUUAUUUAUUGAAAAGCAGCAUUGCCACAGACAUUGCCAUGGCAACUGCUCUUCUUGACAUGUAUGCCAAGACUGGUGACUUAGGAAGUGCGCGGAAGAUUUUUAGUGGUUUGGAAAAGAAAGAUGUGGUGAUGUGGACUAGCAUGAUUAACGGUUUAGCAAUGCAUGGUCAUGGAAAUGAAGCAUUGAAUAUGUUUCAAAUAAUGCAAGAGGAUAGUUCUCUAGUCCCGGAUCAUAUUACUUACAUUGGAGUUUUAUUCGCAUGUAGUCAUGUUGGAUUAGUUGAAGAGGCUCAAAAACAUUUCUAUCUAAUGACAAAGAUGUAUGGUAUAAUGCCAGAAAGAGAGCAUUAUGGUUGCAUGGUUGAUCUUUUGAGUCGGGCAGGUCAUUUCAGAGAGGCAGAAAGAUUAAUGGAGACAAUGACGGUACAACCAAAUGUUGCAAUAUGGGGUGCGCUUUUAAAUGGCUGCCAGAUUCAUGAUAACGUUUCUGUUGCUAAUCAAGUGAAAGUACGACUAACAGAGCUUGAACAUGUUCAAAGUGGAAUUCAUGUUCUUCUAUCUAAUAUAUAUGCUAAAGCUGGCAAAUGGGAAAACGUAAAUAUGACUAGAAAAGUGAUGAGGCAUAAAAGGAUUACAAAGACAAUUGGUCAUAGUUCAGUUGAAAUGAAACUGUUAAGCUACUGAUCAUCAAAAGAUUCAUUUGUUGUGUCAUAUGAUAAAGUAUUGAUUCUUGGAGUAACUACAAGGGGGAAGAAGACACUAUCCACAUACUCUCAACCUCAAGAGUUUGAAAUGCAAACUCAGAACCUUUG